AUGUUUCUGCUACAGUUCGUAAUACUCCUGCUUCCUGCCGUAGUGACUUCAGCUCCAUUCGACAAUGAAGAGGGGUCAACAUACAUCCCAAUGGACUUCCACCACGGAAGACCUCGCACUAGUUCCGUUGGUGGGUCUAAUGGCGUCUCCCCGCUUGCUUUCCUAAAUUCCCCUUUUGUCAGGAGAGGCAAAGCAGAUCCCGAAAAGCCUUUGUUCCAAGGAAUGCUGGGUAUGGUGUCCAGGGACCACAUGGAUGAAGGUGCCUUACGGAGAAAAGUGGUGUGGGAGAACACCAUCAAGAAAGAGAAGACCAGGUCACAUCCAGACCAGGUGCUGCCAAUUGGACAGGAUGCACUGAAGAGGUCGCGGUGUAAUGCCCUGCCUUUCGUCCAGAAUGUCUUCAGGGAAAACUGCGCCCCAGUGCGGAUCCCCAACAAAUUCUGCUUUGGCCAGUGCAACUCAUUCUACGUCCCCGGCUGGCCAGUCGGACUGUCUCAGCCUUGCACCUCCUGCUCCCCCGUGCGUUCCAGACGCAUCUUUGUGCCCCUACAGUGCCGCGGGGGCCGGCUUUCCUGGGAGGAGGUGGUCCUUGUGGAAGAAUGCAGCUGCGAGACCCGAUACGAGCGGGACUUUACCCGAACAGGCAGCGGCGAAGGCUUCCAGCCCAUGCUCUAA